UAAGGUUGCAGCCUUCUCCUUGAUCAUCUGUUUCUUUUUUGUCUCCCUCAGACAGACACAUUUCUUGCUUGGUUUUUGGACAUUCCUUCUAAUGGAUUGGAACCGGUUGGCCAGACAGGUUGCCCUCCAGAAGCAGUCCCUCUUUGAUCAGGGAUAUGUCGACGAACAAUUUAUCCGGGUGGAGGAACUGCAAGACAUCUCGAAUCCUAAUUUUGUGGAGGAAGUCGUCACAUCGUACUACCAGGAUACUUCUAGACUAAUCGCCAACAUAGAGCAGGCAUUGGAGAGGAGGCCACUUGAUUUCGAUCAGUUGGAUGGCUAUAUUUAUCAGCUAAAUGGAAGGAGCACAAGCUUCGGAGCCAAAAAGGUGAGAGCCGAGGGUGCUCUGUUCAGGGAAUAUUGCGAGGCAGAAAAUACAGAAGGAUGCAGGACGACUUUCCAACAACUGAAGACAGAAUAUGCCACACUAAAAAGGAAACUUGAAGCUUACUUUCAGCUAGCAAGACAAGCUAGGCUCGCCGAGACAGCAUCACGACCCAAGUAAGGAAUUUGAUCAGAAAGAAAGCUGAUCCAGAUGUUGGAGUAUUAAGAGAUUUGAAAGUGUAAUGUGGGGGAACUUUGUACCUUGCAUAUGUACAAAUUCACCCCAAGAAGGUUUUCGGUUUUUCUGUAACCUAUGUUUUAGGUAUAUUAGCUCCUAAAUAAAUCUGCAGAAGUUGUUUUGCUGUGUU